AUGUUUCAGCUUGUUAAGAAACUGGGCUUUUUAAAGUCAAGGAUUAAGGAUUGGAAUGUGAUGCAUUUUAAGAAUAUUUUUGGUGAAAAGGCCAGGAUUCAGGAGGAAAUUGAGCAGCUUAAUGAAAGCAUUAUUGCUUCAGGGUUGUCUCUUGCAAUAUAUGAUAAGCUAAAGUUGUUGAACUUGCAGUUGAGUGAGACCUUGGCUAGGGAAGAAUCUUAUUGGAGACAGAAGUCUAGGGAUCUUUGGCUUUUUGAAGGCGAUCGAAAUACUAAAUUCUUUCAUUCCUCUUCUAAGCUCAAGAGACUUCACAAUCGAAUCUCUUGUAUUCACGACUCUAAUGGUAAUACUCUGAUAGAUGAGGAUGGUAUAGCCGCUGAAGCUGUAAGGUUCUUUAAGUCUCUUCUUUCAGUGGAGCCGGUGGUGGUUGAUGAUGAGUUUGGUGGUUUUUUGCCUGGAUGGAAAACUCCUGAAGGUGUUAUUGUAGCACAUGAAAUCCUGCACUCCAUAUCCCAGCAAAAGGUCCUAGCAAUGAUUCUUAAACUAGACAUGCUUAAAGCCUAUGAUCGUGUUAAUUGGCAGUCCCUGGUGGCGGUCUUGUAUCGUUUUGGGUUUUCGCAUAGUUGGGUCAAGUGGGUCUUUUCAUGUAUCAGAGUGGAUGGCCUCCCUUCUUCACAAUCUCAUUGUUUAUUUGCUGAUGAUACACUUCUGUUUGGGAUGGCUUCUAUGAGGGAAGCUCGAGUUAUUAAGAAAAUUAUUUCUGAUUACGCUGCCUUUUCUGGUCAAAAGGUGCCUUCUCAACUCAUUAAGAAGAUUAAGGUUUCCCUCAGGACGUUCCUUUGGAGUGACAACUUAGGAGGACAAACAAAGAUCCCUCUUCUUGCUUGGGAUAAAAUAUGUCGUCCCAAGGAGGUGGGGGGUGCGGGUAUCCGCGACCUAGUUAUUCAGAAUAAAGCAUUAGGGGCAAAAUUGAUUUGGAAGUUAUAUGCAAACCCACGGAGUAAAUGGGCUUCCGUCAUGCUUGCCAAGUAUUUAAGGGGAGCACCCAAUGAAAGGAUUUUUACUGCAACAUCCCUUCCGAAGGGCUUUGCGUUUUGGAAUUUUUUGAUUUCUUGUAUGGAGGUGAUCUUACCACAUUUAUCUUGGGUGGUCCAUAAUGGGAAAAAGGCUCAUUUUUGGGAUGAAGUUUGGAAUGGGCAUCUUGCUCUCUCAGCUAUUCGUGACUGGUCCCCUUUACUGGAUAUUUUGUCGGAUCUUUGGGGACCUUUUGUUGCAGAUUAUUUCAACAUUGUCACCUCAGGUCCAUGUUUAGUGGCUAAAUGGAAGGAUAUCCCUCCCCUAUCUAUUAAUAAUGAUAUCAUGUUAGCUUUUAUAGAAAAACUUCGUAAAAGACCUUUACUUUUCCAUAUGAAGGAGGACUCUUUGGUUUGGGUUAAAAAUGCUACAGGUUCCUAUUCAGUUAAAGAGGGGUACAAUUCUUUGGUUCAGGCCCCCUUGCCAUCUUGUUGGCCUACUAAGCUUUUUUGGCAUCCUGCUUGUCUUCCAAAGGUAGGGGCUUUUGCUUGGUUGGCAGUCCAAGAUAAAGUCCUUACUGGAAUGCGGUUGGAUAGACUUGGGAUUACAACAGUUUUUCCUUGUGUUUUCUGUGGUUAUUAUGGAGUUUCUUCGACUCUUAAGCGCAAGAUGGCUAAAUGGAGUCCUCCUCCUUUUCCUUCACUCAAACUUCAGUUUGAUGGGGCCUCUAAGGGUAAUCCGUGGAGGUCUGGGAUUGGGGUAAUUAUUUUUGAUCACUCCUCAAAGAUCAUCAAAGUAGUGGGUAAAUAUAUUGGUCAUGCCACUAAUAAUGUGGCUGAGUUUCAAGCCUUAUCCUUUGAACUUGAUCUUGCUCGUUCUUUAAACAUUAAGGACAUUGUUAUUGAAGGUGAUUCAAUGCUAGUAUUUCAGGCGGUUGCUAGAAAAAAGUGUCUCUCUUGGCACUUGCAGUAUUUUUUAGAGCACAUUCUCCUUCAACUAAAUGGAUUUUCCACUUUCUCUAUUUCUCACUGUUUUAGAGAAAUUAAUGCUUUCACGGAUUUUCUUGCAAACAAGGCUGUUGUUGAGGGUACCGAUCAUAUAGAACUUGCCCCUUCGGAUUUUCCUAUCUCUUGCAUGAAACUUCUCUCUUAA